AUGACCAGCUACGACGACCGGACGCUGCACGUCCCCCGGCACAUUGGGAGGAACGUCCUACCUUGUCAUCCACUCUUCAACAGGCUCGUGAGGUUCGCGCAUAGUGUGCCUCCGAGGUUGUGCGCGAGGGAUGUCAAUACGGGCGUUGAGGCGACGCAUGUGCAACUACUUACGGAUGUGUUGGCUUUUCGGGAGAGGGUGUGGGAGAGUCUAAGUGAUGGCGUGAGGAAGGCGUUGGAGCAGAGAGAGGAGGUAUAUAUUGCCAUCUUGGCACCUGGUGGAUACGAGUUCACGGUGGCGAUCCUGGCGGCGCUGGCCUUGGGGGCCGCGGUGGUGCCCAUGACGGUAGCUCUUCCGCCGGAGGAGGCUCUUUACUUCGCCACCAAGUCGAGAGCCGCUGCAGUCCUGGUAUCUGAGGGCGCACUUCGUCUUGGCUUGUCACUGGAGAAAUUGGUCAAGGACCAGGAUCCACAAAGCCCGUUCGUCUGUGUGAAUGUCGCGCCGUCGCUGAAGAAUCAGCCGUUGCAUCCAACUCAGAUCAUCGUCUCAUCUGACCUCUACCUCGACGACAAUGCCCCUGGAGUCGUCAUCUUUACUUCAGGGACGACGGGUCCUCCGAAAGGCGCAGUGAUGCGGCGAGGUUUCAUCCACGACGAGGCCUUGGGUGUCAUUGACCACUACAACAUUACCCCAGAUGACGUUCUUCUCCAUCUACUUCCCGUGCACCAUGCGACUGGUAUCGGUAUGAUGUUUUUUCCGUUCCUUGUGGCCGGGUCACUCCUGGAAUUCAGAAGCGGCAGCUUCAGUCCCGAGUGGACCUGGGAACGCUGGCGGCGAGGGGGUGCCACGUUCUUCUCUGGCGUUCCGACGAUUUACAUGCGAAUGAAGCGGUACUUCCAGCAGAAUCUCGCGUCUCGAAAUGGUGUCGAACAUUACAUAGCUGGGGCCCGAGCAUUGCGUUGUUGCAUCUGUGGGACUUCCGCACUGCCCAAGCCGAUCGCAGACUUCUGGCGGCACUUGCUCGGACGGAAUAUAAUGCUAAGAUACGGCAUGACGGAGACCGGGGCCGUGUUCAAAGUACGGCUGGGAGAUCAGAAUGUGCCAGACGGGUCAGUCGGCACGCUGUUUCCCGGAUACGACGUACAACUCUCGGAAGGAAAUGAAGGCGAAAUCCUGGCCAAGAGCCCAGGCAUGUUCUCCAAAUUCCUCUUCGAUCCAGCGGCCACGGCAGCGUCUCAUACGGAGUCCGGAUAUUACAAGACAGGGGAUAUUGCGCGAAGGGAGGGCGAGUACUACUGGAUCCUGGGGCGAAGUUCUGUCGAUAUCAUCAAAUCUGGGGGAUACAAGAUCUCAGCCCUCGACAUUGAAAGAGAAGUCCUCGCUCUGCCAUAUGUCGCCGAAGUAAUGGUAGUUGGCGUGCCGGACGAUGAAUUUGGGGAGAGAGUAGGUGCGGUUGUUUCCCUGAAAGUGGAACGAGACAUGUCGCCAGAUGAGCGACGAUAUGUCAUCCGAGACCUCAGCAUCCAGAAGCUCAGGGCAGAUUUGCGAGAAAGGCUAGCAGGAUACAAGAUGCCGACCGUACUGCGAAUCAUCCCAGAUGAGCUUCCCAAGUCAGGCACGGGCAAGGUCGUGAAGAAGCUGCUAGGGCCGCAGUUCUUUCCGCCCAACAAGUAUAAGAGUCUGCCUGAAGUCCAGGUAUGGAGUCGAGAUGAGCAGCCCAAGGCGAAGCUGUGA